UGGCAACCAGCAGCUGCCGGCCCAGCAGCCUCUACCGCAGCAGGGGUGGGGCACUGGGGGAGGGGGAGAGAGAGGAGGAGCCAGAGGAGGUGUCUGCUGCAAGUUCCUGGCUGCUUCCAAGCUCACCCCAUCCUCCGAGAGGGAGGAGGCCCAACUGGUGAUGCUGCUGCUGCUGCUGCCGCCGCCGCCGCCUCUAUUGCUGAUACUCUAGUGCAGCUGGAAGGGUGGUUCCUAUUCGCACCAUCGCCAACCAGAGACAGAGAGAAAAAAACGGCAGCCGCUGCUGAUGUUGGGUUCGGAGGCUGCAUCCGACUCGGUCACAAGGAAAAUGGAUUCAGUUUGCAUCUCUCCCUCCUUUAAACAGCUUCUCCGGGUCUCAGCAUGGGCUUCCAGGGCAGCGGUUGAGGAAACCUUACCAAGGAGCACCACACAGUAGAUGCUGAGACAUCGCACUCCAGGAUAAGAAACAGUAACAUGGCAGCACCUGCCUGAAAGAAAUUAAAAACCAACAGACUCCAUUUAGAAAGGAACAAUGUCCAAGAAAGGGCGAAAUAAGGGCGAGAAGCCCGAGGCACUCAUUGUUGCCCUCCAAGCUGCCAAUGAAGACCUCAGGACCAAGCUCACAGACAUUCAGAUAGAGCUGCAUCAAGAGAAGUCCAAGGUAUCAAAGCUUGAAAGAGAGAAGACUCAAGAAGCGAAGAGGAUUCGUGAGCUGGAGCAGCGCAAGCACACAGUGCUGGUGACCGAACUCAAAGCCAAGCUCCAUGAGGAGAAGAUGAAGGAGCUGCAGGCUGUGAGGGAGAACCUUAUCAAGCAGCACGAGCAGGAGAUGUCAAGGACGGUGAAGGUGCGCGAUGGAGAGAUCCAGAGGCUCAAGUCCGCUCUCUGUGCUCUCCGUGACGGCAGCAGUGACAAAGUAAGGACAGCGCUCACCAUUGAGGCCCGGGAGGAGGCUCGGAAACUGUUUGAUGCAGAGCGCCUUAAGCUCUUACAGGAAAUUACGGACCUGAAAACGGCCAAGAAGCAGGUGGACGAGGCUUUGAGCAAUAUGAUCCAAGCAGAUAAAAUCAAGGCUGGGGACCUUCGGAGUGAGCAUCAGUCCCACCAAGAAGCCAUCUCAAAGAUCAAGUGGGAGUCGGAGCGGGAUAUUCGGAGACUGAUGGAUGAAAUCAAAGCCAAGGACAGGAUCAUCUUUUCCCUGGAAAAGGAACUGGAGACCCAAACAGGCUAUGUACAGAAACUCCAACUUCAGAAGGAGGCUUUGGACGAACAACUCUUUCUGGUCAAGGAGGCUGAGUGCAACAUGAGCAGCCCGAAACGAGAAAUUCCGGGAAGGGCAGGUGAUGGUUCCGAACACUGCAGCAGUCCUGAUUUGCGAAGAAACCAAAAGAGAAUAGCUGAAUUGAAUGCCACUAUAAGAAAAUUAGAAGACAGGAAUACCUUGCUUGGAGAUGAACGAAAUGAACUGUUAAAACGCGUGCGGGAAACCGAAAAGCAAUGUAAACCUCUCCUGGAAAGGAACAAGUGCCUCGCCAAGAGAAACGAUGAACUGAUGGUGUCCUUGCAGCGCAUGGAAGAAAAACUAAAAGCCGUUACCAAGGAAAAUUCAGAAAUGAGAGAAAAAAUAACAUCCCAUCCACCCCUGAAGAAAUUAAAAUCUCUGAAUGACCUUGACCAAGCUAAUGAAGAGCAAGAAACAGAGUUCCUAAAACUUCAGGUCAUUGAGCAACAGAAUAUUAUUGAUGAGCUCACAAGGGACCGAGAAAAGCUCAUCCGUAGAAGAAAACAUAGAAGAAGCUCCAAGCCAAUUAAGAGGCCUGUUUUAGACCCGUUUAUUGGCUAUGAUGAGGACUCUAUGGAUUCAGAAACAUCAUCCAUGGCCUCAUUUAGAACAGACAGAACACCAGCUACUCCCGAUGAUGACUUGGAUGAAAGUUUAGCAGCUGAAGAAUCUGAACUAAGAUUUCGACAAUUAACAAAAGAAUAUCAGGCCCUCCAAAGAGCAUAUGCACUCUUACAGGAGCAGACAGGAGGCAUCAUUGACGCUGAACGAGAAGCCAAGGCUCAAGAACAGCUCCAAGCAGAGGUGCUGAGGUAUAAAGCCAAAAUUGAAGACCUGGAAGCGACUCUGGCUCAGAAAGGGCAGAUAGAAAAACAGGAGGCAGAAAAUCACCGGUUACAACAGGAACUACAGGACGCCAGAGACCAGAAUGAGCUGCUGGAGUUUCGAAACCUAGAGCUAGAAGAGAGAGAGAGACGAUCCCCUCCAUUUAAUCUCCAAAUUCACCCAUUCUCAGAUGGUGUGAGUGCUCUACAGAUCUACUGUAUGAAAGAAGGUGUUAAGGAUGUGAACAUCCCUGAUCUCAUAAAGCAGCUUGAUAUCUUGGGUGAUAAUGGGAAUUUAAGAAAUGAAGAACAAGUGGCUAUCAUUCAGGCCAGCACUGUGCUGUCCCUGGCAGAGAAGUGGAUUCAGCAGAUUGAAGGAGCAGAGGCUGCCCUACACCAGAAAAUGAUGGAAUUGGAAAGUGACAUGGAACAAUUCUGCAAAAUAAAAGGCUAUCUGGAGGAAGAACUAGACUACAGAAAACAAGCUCUUGACCAAGCAUAUAUGAGAAUCCAGGAACUAGAAGCUACUUUGUACAAUGCUCUGCAGCAAGAAACUGUUAUCAAGUUUGGUGAAUUAUUAAGUGAAAAACAGCAAGAGGAGCUGAGGACGGCAGUAGAAAAGUUACGGCGGCAAAUGCUGAGGAAGAGCAGAGAGUAUGACUGUCAGAUUCUUCAGGAAAGAAUGGAGCUUUUACAGCAAGCCCAUCAGAGAAUCCGUGACUUAGAAGAUAAAACAGAUAUCCAGAAAAGACAAAUAAAGGACUUAGAAGAAAAGUUUCUGUUUCUAUUCUUGUUCUUCUCUCUUGCCUUUAUUCUAUGGCCUUGAUGUCAAGGUGCCUCUUAAAGAGUUACCGAAAACACGGAUAAGAGUCCAGAAAGGCAAAUGCUUCUAAACCUUCAAAGAUGGCAAAAUUGUUUACAGCAGUGAGAGGGAGAUCAAAAGCUAAGAACUACCCUGUAGCCAGGACUACAGCUGUGUAUUUUAAAGCCAUUAUUCAAGGUUUCUUACUUGACAGUUCCUACACAACCCUGUUGAAAAUCUACAAUAUAUGCUGCAUUUAAUGAAACAUGUAUAUGUCAAAUCAGAAGAGAAGAACUAUAAACAUAUAUUGUGUAAAGAAAAAGUUCAGCAUUGGAACUAGUUUCAGCAGAUCAAGCAAAGAUGUGUCUUGGGCAUGGAACCAAAGUUACAAUGAAACAUUCAACCCCUGCUGUGCAGGGGGAGUCAUUUUAAUGUAACACCACACCCCAUGGAAACACUAGUCCUGAUAAUAAACAUCAUUUUAAAAGAUCAGAACAAAAAAAAAAAGAAAAAAAUAAAAAACAAGGGUGGGUGGGGAGUGAAGCACGAGGAAUACCUAUGAAGAGCUAUUUACAAUAAAAUGUUUCAUUUGAAAAGUCUGGUUUCUUACUACAGGGAUUUGCUUUUCUGUCUUUAUGAUUGUUUUAAACUCAGGAACAGAGACAUCCGCAUCGUGAAUGGGAAGAAAAACACCCUAUCUUUUGUUUUUCUGCAAAAGGUGGAGCUCGUGGAAUUCAUUCCACAGACAACAGAUGAGAAGUGGAUCACAGUGACCGUAACAAAACUGGUAACAAAGUCAAAGGACCUGGGCGAAUGUAACAUGCGAAAUAAAAGCAGAUUGGAUGCUUCCCUGUCCUACUCUCACAUCUGCAUCCCUCCAUCAACAAUGGACUGAGCUCAUUCAUAUUGAAAAUUAAGAAGAUAAUACUGUAAAUCACAUGCUCCCUGACUUAGUUCUGUGUAGAACGCUAACGUCUAUGGGGAACAUGGGCCAGAGAUCAUCUAUGAAUCUUUCAUUUCCAAAAUACUGGUUUUCAAAUGGCUGCUUAAAAUUGCCUACAAAUGAAUAUGCUAUAUGAUUUGGGCAAAAACAAAAUAGAGUCAAUGAAUAAAUUUCUACCAACAGUCGGAUUUGCCACAGAGAUGUGAAUAUUAAACUAAACUAUUAUUUUUUAAAGAAUCCUUACAUGCCUAGAGCAUUCUGACCUCUUCUUGUUUAGAGUGAUAACAUUUUUUCCCAGACAGCUGACAGCAACAAGAUAGCUCUACUUUUUUAUAUAGAAAUAACAUUAUGUUACUGACAAGGUCAUUUUCUAACAGAGACAAUUAGAAGACUGAUACUUUUCCUAAGUUGUAUAUUACUGAGUCUUGGAUUUAUCUCUGAGAGCAAAUAUAUGUUCCUGAAAAGCUAAUUUUACACCUCAUUUACUGUAGAUAACAGAACAACCUCAAUUUUUCAAAUUUUUGAAGUUUUAUUUGUGGGACUAGAAUUCCCAUGCAUAGAGAAUAUGUGUAGGGAGCCAGAAACUCUUUCUAUGAAAUCUUUCCAUAUGUGGGUUCAGUGUCAUCCUUCAGUUUUAGCACUGGCAUUUGCAAAGCCAGAAUAAUAAAUGAAGAAUGUACAAGAAAAACUAGAAUGCUGGGGUCCUACUUUUUGUUCUGAUAUUUACUGCUGACCCAGGUAUCUUUGGCCCAGUCACUUAACCUCUGUGCCUCAGUCUCCUCAUCUGCAAAAUGGGGUUAAAAUGCUUUUUCAUAAAGUUUUAUUUGCAAUUUUAGAAUAAGAGGUGCUUAAAGUAGCACAAUGUGCUUUGUAAUUAUUAUAAGUGCUGUAUUAUUUGACUUUCUUGUGUUAUU